GACCGGGUCAGACUGGGUCUGAUAACCGGAACCCGCCCGGUGUACACCCCUAUCGCGUUUUGCGGCUUUCAGAAUUUUCUCCUUUGUCUUACUGUUAAACCUUCAAGGCUCGACGCCGCAGCUCUCUCUUGCCAUCUGGUCGCCAUUCGAUUUCUUCCAGUUUGACUACGCAAGAAUAAAUCUAAGAAAAUGGUGGUAAGGAUCCGAUUGUCGAGAUUGGGCUGCAAAAACAAGCCAUUUUAUCGGGUUAUGGCUGCUGAUAGUAGGUCUCCCCGGGAUGGAAAACACCUUGAAGUAUUGGGUUACUACAAUCCCCUACCAGGUCAAGACGGUGGCAAACGUAUGGGUCUCAACUUUGAGAGAGUGAAGUAUUGGUUAUCGGUUGGUGCACAGCCUUCAGAUCCUGUCCAGCGCAUUCUUUUCAGAGCUGGAGUAUUACCUCCACCCCCAAUGGUGGCAAUGGGACGCAAAGGCGGACCGCGUGACACACGUCCUGUUGAUCCCCUAACUGGACGUGUCUUAGGUGCUGAAAACUCAGCAACUGCAGACCAAUCAAAAGGUGCUGAAAACUGAGGAACCAUCCCCAUAAAACACUUCUGCGUGCGCGAGUUCUGCGUGCUUGUGUCUUAAAUUAGUUCGGCUGAAUAGUGGUCGAUGUUGCUAUGGGUUCUUGUAAUAUCUGUACUGGCUCCGUUUUUCAGAAUAUAGUUGCGGAUCAGGAUGUUUCCAUGAAGUCUGUCUCGUUGUAGGUCACUUCGUUAUUGUAGCAUAUGUUCUGGUGCACUGCCUUAACAAAGAAUCUUUGGUUGAGAUGAUGAAAUUAACUAUGGUAGUUCAUUGUAA